GUUGAGCAACGCUCAAGCAAAUAUUGACAUUAUCAAAGGUCGUUGAAAACAAUUCUGACCGCGUCAAAUUCUAACCAAUAUUGAACAUGCCGAAAAUUUAACAUAUGACCUUGGGCCCCUAUUUUCUGUUCGACUCCUUUGCUUCCCUUGCCCCAGUUCGCCCCUCCAUAAUGGCCACCAUGCUUGAAGUUCUCGAGGAUAGCAAGUCUGUAACAAGCCCACUUCCCUCAUACAAGACAACACCCUCGUCUGUGUCAUUAGCAGGUUCCAUUCAAUGUACUACUCACUGUCGUCCAUCUGUAUUGUCCCUUUUACGGACCACGCAGAAACAAAAAUCCGCUCUGUCUCGCAUCUGCGACCUUGUCUCUCCUCCUGGUUUCACCCCUUCUUCUGUCACCCAAGUUGCCAACACCUGUGCUGCUACUCUCCCACCUGCAGUCUUCUCUCACCUCCUGCAAACACCUAAUAUCGAAGGUCAUGCCGCACUGUAUUGGGCAAUCGUGAAUAACCAGCAAGAAGCCUUUUCAAUCUUUGCUGCUUUCAUUCCCCAAUUUUCAUCUGUUUGUUGUUCUGACCUGUGUCUCGCAUGCAUGGUGAUUAGCGACCAGGAAUUGUUCACACAGCUGAAUUUGGGAUGCUAUCCACACAAGGACGAGCUUUUGCGACGCUCUUUGGGUUGUCCUCCAGAUGAAGUUGAGGUACAUAAAGGGGACAAACCAUGUCAGUUUGUUGCUUGUAUGCGCAUCAGAAUGUUUCAGAAACGCCUGCGCAUUAGGCAGGAAGUGGAUGUUGAAUCUGUUGCCAAUGGACGUAUAUGGAGGUUGCAAUUUCAUUGUGGGAGAAUUCGGUGUAUCGUGAUCGGUCUUUCUCGGCAUAAGCUUCCUGCGCCAUUGUUAUCACAAGCACACUGUGGUGUUAUGAUCGAGUCCCACAAAGGGAAACCUAAAUGUGCAACCCAACCUGCAUAUUCGCAAUGGCGGAACGAGCAGCGAACGCUUCAUGGGGAUAUGAAUUGGUUUUUGGAUUUACCUAUUGAGAUCAAAACAGAGAUCAGAACGGAUAACCUGGAAAUGCCGAAAUCCAAUGAUAUAACUGUUGUAUUCUAUCAUCAGUUGGGUAAUUGGGUGAUAGACGACAACACUGAAUAUGUAGACUGCGAUGGCACCCUCCACGUGGCAGUAGAGAUGACAUUGUAGUAAGAUAGCAAAUAUGGAACACAAGUUGAGUC